CUGUCAUUAAGAAUUCCAAAGGCAAAUGAUGAGGCAUUCAUCCUUGUGUUUUCUUUAACGAUUCAGCUUUUUCAGGCGACUGAUCCUGUGUUUGUCGCUCCGCCUCCUCCCCUUGAAGAACCGGCCAUGAAUAAACCAAGACCUCGUUUAUGCAAAUUAGAAAAGUCCUCGCAAUCAGAGGAGUUCGGCUUCAACUUGCACGCUGAAAAGGGCCGUGGCCAUUUUAUUGGUACAGUUGACCAAGGCGGUAUCGGAGACCGUGCCGGUCUUCGAAUGGGCCAGCGUAUUGUUGGAGUCAAUGGAGUGUUGGUAUACCCUAAUACACCUCAUAAGGAAGUUGUUGCACAAAUUAAACGUUCACCGCUACGUACAACACUAUUGGUCGCAUCAGAAGACGUAGAUAGAUGGUACAAAGAGCAUGGCGCAGAAUUCUCGUUUGAUUAUGUCGAAGAAGAAGCUACCAAUCAUCAUCAGCAACUCAGCCCACACGUAAGUUUUCAACAUUCAACGCAUGUCCUUCCUGCUGGCGCAAACCAAACCAAUCAGGGUUACUCUUUCUCUUAUAGCGUUUUUUUUUUCAUUAUUUCUGUUUUUUUAGUAUAUUUUUAA